UGCAAGCAAGUUACUGCCCGUGACCACAAUCUGCCAGGGCCAGAGAGAGAGCAGGGGAAAAAACGGAAGGGAACACCUCAACUGCCUGCUUGGGAAAACGUAAAAGCCUUUGUGGACGCUUCUUCCCAACAUCUUAAACCCUUCAUUAAGGAUUCGAACAGUCCUGGGCUAUCACUGCUGAGUCAGGAAGGAAGCUGAGGAGGGACUCUAAAUUGAAUUCAGCAAUCAAGGGUGGCAUCGAUCCCAGUUUUGCUUUGAGAUUCAGCAGAAGAUCCUGAUGGAAGAGGAUGAUACCCAGAGAGAAAAGCCCCAGGAGGAUGGAGUUGAUGACGUGCAACUCUUAGAUUCCAGCAACAUUAUGGCAGACCAUAGCCACAUGCAACAGCAGCUGGAUUUACAGAACGGUAGCUUUGAGGCAAACUUUUCUGCGAAUUCCCUCAAAAACGAUUUCCAAAACAUGAUGGAGAGCCUGAGCCCCAGGAAAUAUUCUUCCAGCCUGAGAUUUAAAGCCAAUGGAGACUAUUCUGGCUCCUAUUUAACCCUCUCCCAACCUGUACCUGCGAAGAGAAGCCCUUCUCCUUUGGGAACCGGUGUCCGAAGUAGCCCGUCCUUGACCAAAAUCCAGGGAAGCAAGCACUUCUCCUGUGAUGGAGCUGACAAAAAUAUUUCCAUGAAACCUCCCACUCCUUUACGUAGCACUUCACCCUCCCUCAGUGGGUACGGAUAUCCACUUGGGAGAGCGGACUUGGAUCAUUAUACUGGCCGGGACAGUGAAAGGUCCUUGAGGCUCUCAGAGAAGCCUCCCUAUUCCAAAUAUAGCUCAAGGAAUAAAUCCCAUGACAACGUCUACUUCCUCGGAGGGCUGGAAGGCCGGAAGGCUUCUGGCUCACUCCUGGCCAUGUGGAAUGGAAGUUCCCUGAGUGACACUGGCCCCUCCCCCAUUAGCAGAUCAGGGGCAGCGAGCAUGCCUUCAAGCCCAAAGCAAGCCAGGAAGAUGAGUAUCCAGGACAACCUGACGCUUCAGUCCAGGGUGACCAGACACAAAGAGCCAGCAUCUGAAAGCAUCGGUUUAAGAACUAGGAAGUAUUCAGGCAGCAGCCUGAGUCACAUGGGCGCCUACAGCCGAUCGCUCCCCAGGUUGCACAGGGCCACAGAGAACCAACUGACGCCCCUCAGUUUGCCUCCAAGAAACUCUCUGGGUAAUUCCAAACGAAUGAAACUGGGGGAAAAGGAUCUACCUCAUAACAUAAUAGACAAUGAUAAUUACCUGAAUUUUUCUUCUUUGAGCUCAGGGGCUUCACCCUAUAAAACCUCUGUGUCUGAGGGCAAUCCUUAUGUAAGUUCCACCCUCAGUGUCCCUGGAAGUCCUCGAGUGGCUCGGAAGAUGCUUCUGGCCUCCACCUCCUCCUGUACCUCUGAUGACCUUGACAGGGCUUCCUACUCGGGGACCAGCUCCGGUCAGUCAUGUCCUCCUGGAGAGCCAGACCGAGGGUUUGUGGCCAGGAGGAACUUCUCUUGUGGAUCUGUCGAGUUGGAUGAUGCAGAUUUGGACAGCCUCAGACAGGCCUCAGGAACUCCCCAGCCUGUCCUUCGGGAACGGAAAAGCAGCAUCAGCUCCAUUUCAGGGCGCGAUGACCUGAUGGAUUAUCACCGGCGGCAGAGGGAGGAGAGACUCAGGGAGCAGGAGAUGGAGCGACUGGAGAGACAGCGUCUGGAGACCAUCCUCACCCUGUGUGCUGAAUACACAAAGUCCGACAGCCGCUUGUCCCCUGGCACCACCGUGGCAGAUGUGCAGAAAAUCAAUAAGGAGCUUGAGAAGCUGCAGCUCUCUGAUGAGGAGUCUGUGUUUGAAGAAGCCCUGGUGAGCCCUGAUGCCAGAUACAGGUGCCACCCGAAAGGCUCCGUCCACGAUGCAGACUUGGCAGUCUUCGGGAGCCUCAGUCAGAGCAGUGCCAGCUUCCUUUCCCCCAGGAGCGUCAGGAAUGAGGAGCUGCUCAGGGACCUCACCAGGACUCCCCCACUGCCCUCCUCUGCCUUUCUGAAAGCUGCCAACGAAUCCACUUACCUAAGUAUCCUACCAAAGACCCCAGAGGGUAUAAGUGAAGAACAAAGGAUUCAGGAGCUGACUGCCAUGGAAGAGACCCGGAUAGCAAUUCUGAACAACCUGGAGGAACUUGAACAAAAAAUCAAAGACAUAAAUGACCAGAUGGAUGAAUCUUCCAGAGAGUUCCAAGAGCCUUUCGACGAUGCUAGUGAGGAUUUACUGUAUAUGCUUUCUGACUUGCUACAAGAUCUGUUAGCUGAGUUGGAUAUGGAAUGUGCUCUUUUGGAUGGAGAGCAGAAAUCCGAAACAACUGAACUCAUGAAAGAGAAGGAGAUUUUGGAUCAUCUAAACCGAAAGAUAGCAGAACUGGAAAAGAACAUUGUUGGUGAAAAGACCAAGGAGAAGGUAAAGCUUGAUGCUGAAAGGGAAAAACUAGAGAGGCUUCAGGAGCUUUACUCCGAGCAGAAGACCCAGCUGGACAAUUGUCCUGAGUCCAUGAGGGAACAGUUACAGCAACAACUGAAGAGGGAUGCCGACCUGUUGGAUGUUGAGAGCAAGCACUUUGAAGACCUAGAAUUCCAGCAGCUUGAACGUGAGAGCCGCCUGGAUGAGGAAAAGGAGAACCUGACCCAACAGCUCCUGAGGGAAGUGGCUGAAUACCAACGGAACAUUGUUACUAGGAAGGAAAAAAUUUCUGCAUUGAAAAAGCAAGCCAAUCACAUUGUCCAGCAGGCUCAGAGAGAACAAGAUCAUUUCGUGAAAGAAAAGAAUAAUUUAAUAAUGAUGCUGCAAAGAGAAAAGGAAAAUCUUUGUAAUUUGGAAAAGAAAUACUCCAGCCUCUCUGGGGGAAAAGGGUUUCCUGUCAACCCCAGUACACUAAAAGAGGGCUAUAUGAGUGUAAGUGACAUUAAUGAGCCAUGUGGCAAUGCCACGAACCUAUCCCCUUCCACUCAGUUCCCUGCCGAUGCUGACGCUGUUGCCACUGGGCCUACCACAGCUGUGCUGGCGAGCCAGCCACAAAAUAAAGAGCAAAGAUCACCUGUAUGUUCUGGAUUUGUGUUUCCUUCCACCCUUUCUCCUCAUCCUAUCACUCAACCUCCAUCAGCCCCAUGGCCUGAAGUCAUGGCUUCAUCUGUCGAUCCUUUCCCUUUAAAUGACACACCUCCUCCUCUGCCAGCUAAGAAACACAGAAGGCAGCAGCAUCAGGAGCAACAGCACUUUAGAAGUCUGGAAGAAAGGAAAAAACAGCAUAAAGAAGGCCUCUAUCUGAGUGACACUUUGCCUCGAAAGAAAACCACACCUUCCAUAUCCCCGCAUUUCAGCAGUGCUACUAUGGGGAGAAGCACCACCCCGAAGGCUCACCUGCCCCUGGGACAGAGCAACAGCUGUGGCAGUGUGCUCCCUCACUCGCUGGCAACCAUGACCAAAGACUCAGAAUCUCGAAGGAUGCUCAGAGGGUAUAAUCACCAACAGAUGAGUGAAGGACAAAGGCAGAAAUCUUCUGAAUUUUACAACCGCACAGCAUCUGAAUCAAAUGUCUACUUAAACAGUUUCCACUACCCAGACCACGGCUACAAGGAGCAGGCCUUUGAUACGUUGAGCCUAGACAGCUCUGACAGCAUGGAGACCAGCAUCUCUGCUUGCUCACCUGAUAAUAUCUCUAGUGCCAGCACUUCAAAUAUUGCCAGAAUAGAAGAAAUGGAGAGACUUUUGAAGCAGGCUCAUGCAGAGAAGACACGGCUGCUUGAAUCCAGGGAACGGGAAAUGGAAGCCAAAAAACGAGCCCUGGAAGAAGAAAAACGACGCCGAGAACUCCUGGAAAAACGAUUGCAGGAAGAAACUAGCCAGAGGCAGAAGUUAAUUGAAAAAGAAGUAAAAAUAAGGGAGAAACAAAGGGCCCAGGCUCGACCUUUGACACGCUAUCUGCCUGUCCGGAAGGAAGACUUCGAUUUGCGGAGCCACGUGGAGACUGCUGGCCACAAUAUCGAUACCUGUUAUCAUGUAUCAAUCACAGAGAAGACCUGCCGAGGAUUCCUCAUCAAAAUGGGUGGAAAAAUUAAAACUUGGAAAAAGCGUUGGUUUGUUUUUGACCGGAACAAGCGCACAUUCUCUUAUUAUGCAGACAAGCAUGAAGCUAAAUUAAAAGGAGUAAUAUACUUCCAAGCCAUUGAAGAAGUGUAUUAUGACCACCUCAAGAAUGCUAAUAAGGUAAAUAUUGAUUUUCAGAGUCCUACAAUUUGAAUGCAUAAUUAAGUC